GCGCGAGGUGGCGCCGCCGGCGACUCGCUGCCUCCCUUGCGGCACUUCGGAGGCUUCAGCUGCCUUUCGGGGCCACCCAGCGCCUUGGCCUCCCUGUGGACAGCGCGUCCCCCGCGCUGCCCCGGCCCCUCGGCCCGCCGAGUCCUCACUUGCCGAGGCCGCCGCAGUGACCCCGCCCCCGAGCCGACGAUGUGAGGCGGGCCGGGCGUCCCCGCACCGGGCCCGGGCGCCGGGAGUGGGCGGCUCGGCAGCGCCGGGCGAUGGCCCUGCUGCCGGUGCUCCUCGCCGCCUGGGGUCUGGGGCAGUGAGGGGCCGGCGGGCGAGGGAAGCGGCCCUGGCGCGGCGGGGGCGAGGGGGCCGCGGGCGCCAUGGAGGGGGUGCUGUACAAGUGGACCAACUAUCUGAGCGGUUGGCAGCCUCGAUGGUUCCUUCUCUGUGGGGGGAUAUUAUCCUAUUAUGAUUCUCCUGAAGAUGCCUGGAAAGGUUGCAAAGGGAGCAUCCAAAUGGCGGUCUGUGAAAUUCAAGUUCAUUCUGUAGAUAACACACGCAUGGAUCUGAUAAUCCCUGGGGAACAGUAUUUCUACCUGAAGGCCAGAAGUGUGGCGGAGAGACAGCGGUGGCUGGUAGCCUUGGGGUCAGCCAAGGCUUGCCUGACAGACAGUAGGACCCAGAAGGAAAAAGAGUUUGCUGAAAACACUGAAAACUUGAAAACCAAAAUGUCGGAACUAAGACUCUACUGUGACCUCCUUGUCCAGCAAGUAGAUAAAACAAAAGAAGUGACCACAACUGGUGUGUCCAAUUCCGAGGAGGGAAUUGAUGUGGGAACUCUGCUAAAAUCAACCUGCAAUACUUUUCUGAAGACUUUGGAAGAAUGCAUGCAGAUCGCAAAUGCAGCCUUCACCUCGGAGCUGCUGUAUCGCACACCCCCAGCAUCACCACAGCUGGCCAUGCUCAAGUCCAACAAGAUGAAACAUCCUGUUGUACCGAUUCAUAAUUCAUUGGAAAGGCAAAUGGAGUUAAACAAUUGUGAAAAUGGAUCUUUAAAUAUGGAAAUGAAUGAUGAUGAAGAAAUCCUAAUGAAAAACAAGAGCUCCUUACAUUUAAAACCUUCAGAGAGAGAUUGCAGCACAUCAAGUGAAGAAAAUACAGAUGAUCAUAUAACAGUCCAAGGUGAAAUAAUGAAGGAAGAUGGAGAGGAAAACCUGGGAAAUCGUGACAACAACUUGGCACAGCCUGGAUCAAACUCCUCAAGUAGUGCUCCAGAAUCCCACUGGGAAGAAGGCCAAGAAGUUAUCCCAACUUUCUUUAGUACCAUGAACACCAGCUUUAGUGACAUUGAACUUCUGGAAGACAGUGGCAUUCCCACAGAAGCAUUCUUGGCAUCAUGUUAUGCUGUGGUUCCAGUAUUAGACAAACUUGGCCCUACGGUGUUUGCUCCUGUUAAAAUGGAUCUUGUUGGAAAUAUUAAGAAAGUAAAUCAGAAGUAUAUAACCAACAAGGAAGAGUUUACCACCCUCCAGAAGAUAGUACUGCAUGAAGUGGAGGCUGAUGUAGCCCAGGUUAGGAACUCGGCUACAGAAGCCCUCUUGUGGCUGAAGAGAGGUCUCAAAUUUUUGAAGGGAUUUUUGACAGAAGUGAAAAAUGGAGAAAAGGAUAUCCAGACAGCCCUGAAUACCGCAUAUGGUAAAACAUUACGGCAACACCACGGCUGGGUAGUUCGAGGGGUUUUUGCGUUAGCUCUGAGGGCAGCUCCAUCCUAUGAAGAUUUUGUGGCCGCGUUAACCAUAAAGGAAGGCGACCACCAGAAAGCAGCUUUCAGUGUUGGGAUGCAGAGGGACCUCAGCCUUUACCUCCCCGCCAUGGAAAAGCAGCUGGCGAUUCUGGACACUCUAUACGAGGUCCAUGGACUGGAGUCUGACGAGGUGGUGUGACAUCUGCAGGACAGGGCCACCUGCUCACUUCAGGGAAUCAAGUUCGCUCACGUGUUUUGUUGCCCUGUUUAAUUUCCAGCAGCAGCUUCAGCCCUCUCUAACCCCUCACUGCUGGGGACAGAGAGGAGGAGGCAAAGCCCAGUGCUUUUAUAGAUAAUUUUUUUAAAUGCAUAUGUGUUUUGUGUAUUUAAAAAUCAAGGUGCUAUAUAUUUCAGUUCAAAGGGCCUCCUGGAAACCAAAUCAUAGCUGUUAUAUAGACUUGCACAGCAAGUUAUAAGAGCAGAUUUGACAAAUGAA